AUUCUCCUUGUCCCCGGCUCUUGAAGAGGGCUAUGGCCAUUGUUUCGCUCCUGGUCUUUACUCUCGUCCUCCCGCUCUGAUUAAUUUUAACCACCACCGCACAGGGGUUUUUUUUGUUUGUUUUUUUAAAAAACGACGGCAAAAUGGCUGAGAUGGGCAAGGGAGUCACUGCGGGGAAAAUAGCCAGCAACAUGCAGAAGAAACUCACCAGGGCCCAAGAGAAGGUCCUUCAGAAACUUGGCAAAGCUGAUGAAACAAAAGAUGAGCAAUUUGAACAAUGUGUGCAAAACUUCAACAAACAACUGACAGAGGGAAGCAAACUGCAGAAGGAUCUCCGGACAUACCUGGCUUCAGUAAAAGCAAUGCACGAGGCCUCCAAGAAACUGUCAGAGUGUUUGCAAGAAGUGUAUGAGCCGGACUGGCCGGGAAGAGAUGAUACUAACAAACUAGCAGAGAACAGUGAGCUGCUGUGGACAGACUUCCAUCAGAAGCUGGUGGAUCAAGCAUUGCUAACUAUGGAUACCUACCUUGGCCAGUUCCCAGACAUAAAAUCCCGCAUUGCUAAACGGGGAAGGAAACUUGUAGAUUAUGACAGUGCCAGGCACCAUUAUGAAUCUCUACAGACUGCAAAAAAGAAAGAUGAAGCUAAAAUUGCCAAGCCUGUCUCAUUGCUUGAGAAAGCUGCGCCUCAGUGGUGCCAAGGGAAGCUACAAGCACACCUCGUAGCUCAGACUAAUCUGCUGCGGAACCAGGCUGAAGAAGAGUUAGUAAAAGCCCAGAAAGUGUUUGAGGAGAUGAACAUCGAUCUUCAGGAAGAACUGCCCUCACUAUGGAAUAGUCGUGUUGGUUUCUACGUCAACACAUUCCAGAGUAUCGCAGGCUUAGAAGAGAACUUCCAUAAGGAAAUGAGCAAGUUGAACCAAAAUUUGAAUGAUGUCCUUGUGAAUCUAGAGAAAGAGCAUGCAACAAGCACCUAUCCUGUUAAAGCUCAGCCAAGAAAGAAAACUAAACUGUUCUCCAGGCUGAGGAAAAAGUUGAGCAGUGACAGUACCCCUGCAAAAGCAAACAAAACACCCUCAUCUCCACCUGAUGGGACUCCUAUCACCAGCCCUGAGACCAAGGCCAUCAACCAUGAGCCAGAGCCAUCCACUUUGGAAACACCUGGGGGAGGCAUCCCUAAGUCUCCAUCUCAGUUGCGGAAAGGCCCUCCCGUGCCGCCACCUCCAAAACUCACUCCGUCCAAGGAGAUGAAGCAGGAGAACAUCAUCAACCUGUUUGAUGACAAUUUUGUCCCAGAGAUCAGUGUGACAACCCCCUCACAGCGCGGUGGCCUGCGGCUUUUACCUCUUCCUCCUGUUCGACGGCUGAAACGUUGCGUGAGGGGCCUGGAGUUGGGAGAAAAGUCCACAGAAGCCGUUCCUGCUGGUGCUGAGGCAGCUGGCAAAGAAGAAGAAGCUGGAGCUGGAGCAGCUAAAACCGAACCUGACUCAGGAUCUGCUUCAAGCUCUCUGCCUGCUGUAGUUGUAGAGACCUUCUCAACCACAGUCAAUGGAGCAGUUGAGAGUGGAGCCCUCUCUGAGAGGGCUGACAUGCCACCAGGUUUCCUGUUUAAGGUGCAAGCCAUGCAUGACUAUGGGGCCACUGACAGUGAUGAACUCCAACUGAAGGCUGGGGAUAUUGUCCUGGUGAUUCCAUUUGACAACCCUGAGGAGCAGGUAGGGAGAGAUGAAGGAUGGCUGAUGGGUGUGAAAGAAUCUGAUUGGCUUCAGCACAGAGAACUUGACCAGUGCCGAGGAGUUUUCCCAGAGAAUUUUACAGAGCGGGUGCAAUGAGGUCCUGAGGCUCCUUGUUGGCUUCUCUGCACCAAGAAAGCAAGAAAUGUUUCCUCACCCCGUCUUCUCCUGGGGAAAGUCAAAAAGUAAUAGAGAAUUUUAAAGGAAGAGAAGCCUAAAGGCUGGAUUCUUCACAGAAAAGAAGCUUUUAGAAGUACACUGAAUUCAAAGUAUUAUCAAAUAUAUAGGUAAUAAAGAAAGACAGGUUGGAAAAAAAACCCUUUUUUCUUUUGAUUUGAAUGGUGUUGGUGUUCAGGUCAUUCGUCACCAAAGUGGCUGAGUCAUUUGGUGUGAGUUGGAAUUAGGGUAUGUCCUGCAUCAUAAGCUGCAAAAUGCUAACUGUCCCAAAACUCUGAAACUACACACUAAAGUUUACCUUGUGGGAAGGUGCAGUCAACCUGUCUUGUGUCUGAGGUUGCAUAUGUGGCAUCCCCUAGAUUUCAGACCCUGCACAUUAUUCACACCUGCUGCCAUAAGCCCAAUGCCUGUCAUACUGUUGAAAAGAAAUAGUUAGUGUACAGUGUUCACAAAUUACGAUUGUGUGUGUGUGUGUGUGUGUUGUUCAUCCUUUGAAAAAAUGUAACAAGAACUGUGAUUUUCUACAUAUAAUGCAAACAAAAUUGCCUGCAAAUGCACAUCAGAAAGAAAAAUGAGGAAGCUACACCAGAUCCAUAGCUCCUUCAAAAUAUGUGAUUUGAAAUAGUACAUUGGCACUUGCUUGUUUUGUUCUUUUAAAAAACAUUGUAAAAGUAUAAACAUUAUUUGAUUUUUCAAAAACUAAUUGUUACUGAUUUGUUAAGCAGGCUUGGAAUGGGCAUUUAAAAGCAUUUUACUGCAUUUAAAAGGAUGAGGUGGAGAGAGAUCUGCAAAACACUAUCAUGGGGAAAAGGAACAUUUGCAGUUUUUGUUUCCUCCAUCUUUUAGAGAACCCUGCAGGCAAAACCCCAUUCACUUGUUUUAUCUCAUCUGCAGUUGGCGAACAUACUGAACAGCUUCUUAGAAGUAUUGAGCAGCUGCAACAGUGGAUGGUGACUUGCUCUGAUGUAGCUAUAGGGGUGCUCUAUGCUUGGCAAAUCCAACCAGCAGUGAUGCCUGCAGCUGAUGUUCCACUAUAAGAAGUUAAAACCAAAUGCUCAGUCUGUAAAGUUGCACCAGUGUAGCUGGCUCUGCAGUAGGGAUGUCUUCUAGGCGGGCACAUAUGUGAGUCAAUCCACCCCUGCCAUGCCUCUUUUACUUGUGAUGUGCACUAGCAAUCUGACACUAGAGGCAGUUGCCUGUCUAGGAACAUGUCUGCAUGCUGUUGCACCCAUGCAACCUCUUGGCGCUGCUUGGAGGGUCAUUUUUUUGUGAAAAGCAUGGUGGUGAAGCAGUUAAUUCACUCCUUGCUAAACAUUUAUUUCCCAGUGAAGUGGCUCAUAAGUCUCAGGUGGGGGGAAAUGUAAUAUAUUAAACCUGAUUUUAAAAAUCA